GAGUCCCGAGAACACGAGGAGCCAACCACAUCAGAGAUGACAGAGGAGACCUAUCCUCCCAAGGCCUACCGCCCCAAGCCCGGGCGCCUCUCCGAGCUGAAAGCUGAGGCCCUGAAGAAGGACCGCCGGAAGAAGCUGACCCUGGCCAAGUUUGUGGGCAUGGCAGAGAACACAGCCCACCCCCGCAUCGUCAUCCCUGAGCUCCGGCAGGAGUUUGAGCUGGGCCCCUGCCGCAGGCACAUGGAGGCGUCCCUGCAGGAGCUCAAGAGCAGCCAGCGGAUGGUUCCCCGUGCUGUCCACCUCCCCAACUGCGACCGAAAGGGCUUUUACAAGAGGAAGCAAUGCAAGCCCUCCCGAGGCCGGAAGCGUGGGUUGUGUUGGUGUGUGGACAAAUAUGGCAUGAAGCUGCCGGGGACUGACUACCUUAGUGGAGACCUGCAGUGCCACGCGUUCGACAGCAGCAACGUGGAGUGAAGUCACAUCCCCUCCCUCCACCCCAUCACUACCUACCCAGGCUCCCUUCCACCCUCCCCUCUGCACCUCCCCGUGCCCCGGGACUCCGAUUCCUUUCAUCUCAUGUAAGAAGAAAAAAAGAAAGGAAAAGAAAAAAGAGAAAGGAAGGAAAAGGAAAAAAAAAAGAGAAAGGGAAA